AUGGCUAGCAUCACAACAUCGAGACCCCGCAAUUUUACUGGAUAUGGUGACAAUCCUCCCAAGUUUGCUUGGCCUGGAGGAAAGAAAGUUGCCAUCAAUUUUGCAAUUAAUUACGAAGAAGGAACAGAGCGAAAUCCACUUAUAGGGGAUUCGUCCCGUGAUUCUAGGUCGUGGGUCAAAUGUGUUCUUCCCGACACUGAGCGCGACUUGAUGCAAGAAGGCGAAUACGAGUAUGGAACUCGAACCGGAAUUUGGCGCUUGAUACGCAUCUUCAACGAGUUUCGGGUUCCAUUCAGCGUUUUUGUGUCUUCUGAGGCCUUGUUGGUUAACUCGGAACUUGCCGAGAGGUUGAAGACCGAAAACUGCGACAUGGUCUCACAUGGCACUCGCUCCAUCAGUCGUGUAGGACAGACAGAGGAGACAGAGAGAGAGGAUCUCCGCAAAUCCAUUGACCAGACCUUUCAACUCACGGGAAAGAAGAUUCUUGGCGCUUUCCCCAGGCCGCCUAUUACGGAAAAUUCCCGCCGUAUCAUGGCUGAGGAAGGUUUACUCUAUGAUUCGGCCACUUCCAAUGACGACCGUCCAUACUUUGACCAAGUGUGUGGCAGGCCGAUGCUUGUGCUUCCUUAUGCUCUUGACACAAACGACGCACGCUUCUGGGGCGGGCAGUCCGGGCCAGGCUUUACUGGUUCCACGGACUUUUUCGACUACCUCAAAGACGCCUUUGAUGUUCUCUAUCGUGAGUCGGACGAGAGCGCAACCAUGAUGUCGAUUGGAUUACAUGCCCGGAUCAUGCGUCCAGGACGCGUGGCAUCUUUAAUCCGCUUCCUCGAGUACAUCAAGGCGUUUGAUGGCACCUGGGUAGCUAUGCGGAGUGAUAUAGCUAUGCAUUUUGCGAGGCACUUCGCUCCGGCUAAUACUUGGAAUCUCGACGCUAUUCGAGAAGAGGCUGAGAUACCUAAGCUCUUUUCUCCCGAGAUAUUGAGCCAUGCCACCGUGCGGCCGCCCGUCUUGAGUCUAGAAUGGUCUGGAUAA